CCCUCCUUGGCUGUCUGAAGGCAAGAUGGGGCACCAGCAGCUCUAUUGGAGUCACCCGCGGAAGUUCGGCCAGGGUUCUCGCUCCUGCCGCGUCUGCUCCAACCGCCAUGGUCUGAUCUGGAAAUACGGGCUGAACAUGUGCCGUCAGUGUUUCCGUCAGUACGCGAAGGACAUUGGCUUCAUCAAGUUGGACUGAGUGACUUUUAAUGGAUUAUUCCAGGCUGUCUACCCCUGAAACGAUCAUGCUAAUCUUUGUACAUAAAGAAUAAAAAGGUGAAGACCUCCA